CGAUGCGCGAUGCAGCAUAGAAGGUUUAUCGCAAAGGUGAGGAGAUGCGCUUGGUUUCAACAUACAUGAUCCAUGCAUUCAUUCAUUCCCGCAGGUCGUGUUCCUCUCCGCGCCUCUGCUCCAUCAUGCCUCUCCAGCGCAUGCGUCCCUGAAGCCGCCGCCUGCAUUCUUCUCCUUCCGGUUUGCAUCCAUCCUGAUGAGCAAGAGGGCCGCCAGAGGCCGCCUCAGCGCCGCGGGCAAAGACGCCGUUCAGCCGACCAGUCCUGUCGCAUCCAUCAGGAAACGCCAGAGGCGCAGCGUGAAGAAGGCGGAGGAGGUGCCUGGUGAGCCGCCUCCUGCGGAUUGCAGUGCUGUGGUUGAAGGUUUGGACGGAGGUUCGUCGCUGCCGAGGGCGAUUGAGGAGUCGGUGCUAGCUGCUGGGGAGGCGGAGCAUGUCAUAGGCGUUGAUGAAGCGGGGCGAGGGCCUUUGGGUACGUACGGCAGAUCUGCAGUGUGUGCACAUGUGUGGAUGCGGAUCAGAUCUCUUCUUCUUUGCUGGCGUUGUGUUGUGUUGUGCAGCUGGCCCAGUGGUCGCAGCCGCGUGCCACAUCCCACUUGGGGUUGACCUGCCUGCUAUCAGGGUGACCGGGGGAGGAACCAACACUCACUCAUCGUGUGUCAUUACAUCUGCGGUGUGUCCCCGUGUGCGCAGGAUAGCAAGGCCAUAAAGACUGAGGCGGAGAGGGAGGCCAUCUAUGAGAAGCUGACAGCUCAUCCAGACGUUGUCUGGGCCACACAUGCCGUCGACAACAACGAGAUCGACCGCAUCAACAUUCUGCAGGUGAAGCCGCCACACACACAGGGAGAGAGAGAAAGGCAGUCCCUCCACCCCUCCAUCUGGAUGCACGUAUGAGUGUCUGUGUGUACCCAGGCAACUUUCAAAGCCAUGACGCCGGCCGCCCAGAGUGUGAUAGAGCAGUUGGCCACGUCAGGGGUCAAGCCGUCCGUAGCGGUGUUGGUCGACGGCAACCAGCUGCCUCCCGUGCUCAAAGAUGACCCAAAUGUCGGCUGCCACGCUGUCGUGCGAGGUGAUCAGGCAACAACAACAACACACACACACACACAAGAGAGAGGGUGUGGACUCCGACCUGUGUAUGUGUGCGUGUGCAGGUGAUUCGAAGGAGUACGUCAUCGCGGCGGCGUCGAUCAUCGCCAAAGUGACCCGCGACAGGUACAUUACAUACUCUGGGGCGUUAUCUGUUGGCGGCUCGUCCACGUAUGUAUCUUUUCUGCUGUUUGGCCGAUCAGGGUUAUGAAUGCCUACGACGAAGAGCAUCCGGGGUACGGCUUUGCCCAGCACAAGGGCUACCCAACUAAGGGGCACAUUGAGGUCAGUCCAUUCAAAGCCGAAGCAGUCCACCUGCGCUCUGACACACCCGCUCUAUCUCUCCUCUCCGUCAGGCACUCAGCCGCCUCGGUGUGCUCCCCAUCCACCGCAAGUCCUUCGGCUCCGUGGCCGCGUUGUGCGAGGUAGCUGUGUCGGAGGAGGGAGGCAACGGCGUGCUGGUUUCCGAAGAGGGCGGCGAUGCAUCGCCCAGAUCGGCCAUGGCAAUGGGGCAGCCUGAGGCAAAGAGGAAGAAGAGGGGCAAAAGGGGGAAGGAGGAUGGUGGGACAUAGAGUGACGGUGCUGGGCACGGCUGGCAGGUGUGUGUACAGUAGUAUGGGGUGGCGUGAGGAGGAUGUCGCACGUCACGGUGUUACACACGUGGUGCGGCAAGUGUACAAAUGCCUGUCCAUGCGUUGUCGGCAUAAUCCUUUCUUGCAAU